GGCCGGCGGGCGGAUCUCAUACUAUACUAGAAGUAAAUAAAUACAAGAACAAAUAAAUAAAUAAACAAACAAACAAACGAUAAAACGAUUAAAAAAAAAGAUAAAGUAACCCUCCAUUAGUUUUGGCAUUUUACUCUCACCUUUGGUGGAUUCAUAGAGCCGAGAAGUGCAAAUAUUUCUCCGGCUCACCCGUGUCCACAGAUGCCCUCCGCGACGAACGGCAACGGGACCGUUCAGUCUUCCAGCCCGGACGUGGGAUCCGCUCCUGGCCAGUUUGCCAUCGCCGGGCAGUCCUCCGGCGCUCAGACCGAGGCCAUGAAGCAAGUGCUGGGUGUCAUCGACAAAAAAGUACGGAACAUGGAAAAGAAAAAGGGCAAGCUGGAUGACUACCAGGCCAAGAGAAACAACGGGGAGCGCCUCAAUCAGGAUCAGCUGGAAGCCUUGUCCAAGUUCCAGGAAGUGACCCAUAACCUGGACUUUGCUCGGGAGCUGCAGAAGAGCUUCCUGGCGCUGGGCCAAGACGUCCAGAAGGCGGUGAAGAAGGCGGCUCGGAGGGAGCAGCUGCUCCGUGAGGAGGCGGGGCAGCGGCGGCUGAAGGCGGUGCUGGAGCUCCAGUUCUUAUUGGACAAGCUUGGCGAGGACUGUGUCAGGGCGGAGCUAAAGCAGCAGGCCGGCUCCUCCCCCCUGCUCACGGACGAUGACCUCACCUCCCUGGAUGAGUUCUACAAGCUGGUGGGACCAGUGAGAGACCAGAGCGUCAGGCUGGCUGCGCAGUGUGAGGAGGCCUCUCAGCACUUCCUGGACCUGCUGGAGGGCAAGGACACGGCCGUGGCUGGAACCACCUAUAAGGCUCUGAAGGAGACCCUGGACAGGCUGCUGUGCUGCGGGUACUUUGACAGAGUGCUGUCUGACGCUGCACACCACAAUGGCCUGUGUGACGAAGAGGAGGAUGAGGAAGAGCAGCCCGCAUCUGAUCUGUCAGCUGUGCCAGAGGAGCAGCCUGCACAGACUGAAGCUGAAGCCACUGAAGAGUACACAGUGCAGCAGGUGGAGUUUGAGCCCACACAGUUUGUGAACCGACAGUUCAUUCCAGAAGCUUCCUACAGCAGCGAUAAAGAGCAGAGAGACGAGUGGGGCUCGGAACUGGAGGGGCUCAGUGCCAUCCAGCAGCGGCAGGCCACGCCCCCCUUGGCCUCGGAGCCCCUCCCCCUGAGCUCAUCCAGGCCCGUGACCCCCGCUGACCCCGUGACCCCCGCUGACCUCGGGGUGAGGAAGCAGGCUGUACAGGACCUGAUGGCUCAGAUGCAGGGCCCUUACAACUUCAUGCAGGAUUCCAUCUUGGAGUUUGACGGACAGGUCCUCGACCCCGCCAUCAUCUCGGCACGGCCAAUGAGCUCCUCCCAGAACACAGACCCCACCCAGAUGUGUCCCCCCGAGUCCCGCCUGAUGCAGCCGAGCGGCCCUGGACAGACGGACUCCACGCAGAUCCCCAUGGUCUCCCCCACACCACUCUCUACAGCGGUCCCCCACAGUACAGACCCCCGACCACAGACUGACCCCAUGGACUCCAUUCAGGUGUUUAAUGUGAGCGCCCCUGCCCCCCCCUCGGGAGAGACGGACCUGCUGCAGUACCAGGGCUUCAGCUCUCAGCCCCGGCACCAUGCGGACCCCCCCGAGACCCAGCCCGGCUUCCACCCUGCGGACCCCUCCCUCUCCAGGCCUGGGGGGCCGCAGGUGCAGGGCGGGGGACAGCCCUUCUACAGCCCCAGAACCAUGACACGGGGCCCCCGAAACUCACGCGCCGUCGCCAACGGUUACCGCGGCCCCUCCAACAGCUUCAGAGGAGGGGUACCAGCCCAACUAUAAGCGAGGACCGGGUCCGGUGGCUGGAGGUAAUGCGCAGUGGUGCGAUCCUAUUGGCCGGCUCCCGCCACCGUGAACACUGACCAAUCACCACGCUGACCAAUCACCACGCUCCUCCCCCCGCUCCCCCUCAGCGCUGCUCCCCCCGCUCCCCCUCAGCGCUGCUCCCUGCCUCUCUGAUCUAACAGUGUCCUGCUAUCACCAUGAUAUUCAAUGUUUUAAUGAGUCCAAACACGCCAAGCGUGAAGUCAUCAGCGUUCCAAGAUUUUAAGCAAGACUGUUUGGAACUAAUCUAUAUUCCUGUAAACUUGAAAAGAUUUUCAUUAAUUUAUUUUUUUGUAUAAAACAAAAUGCAAAAAAACAACAAAAAAAAACAACUUGCCACUGCUGAUCCAGUUACUGGGAGUAUAUACGUGUGUGUUUGUAUAUAAACACAUACAUGUGCAUGUGUGUGUUUGUGUAUAUACGCAUACAUGUUUUUUUUUUUUUUUCACUGCCCUUUUUGGUUCUUUUUAAAAUUCCCAGUUCCUCAGUUUGUAAAUUGUUGCUUCUUGAGAGAAAGUUUCAAUAAAGAUGUUGCUUUACCUGC